UCUCUUCAAACAGUCAUACCCCUAACCUACCGACUUCCCCCUUGCCUUACCAAAACGCCUCUUCUGUACCAUUACCACGGUAUUAAAUAGCGCGUAAACAAAAAACCCCUCCUACUACUGCUGCAAAUCCGCCUGCAAACAGCCUAUAAUUCCCUCAAUUGCUCCCAUAUUCUUCACUCAAUCCACCCCCUCUGCGAAUAUCAAGCAAUUGCACUGCCUGGUGCCAUGGACCCAAUUUGUUACAGGCAACUCCCCCCUCAAACCAGGAAAUCCUCUAUGGACGCAAAUCAACUGACUGUUAUGGAUCCAAUAGAACAUUCAAAAAAACCCGGCCAAUUGAGGAUGCCCCCUAUGGACGCACAUCAACUGACUGCUAUGAACGCAACGGAACAUACCAAAAAACCCGAGCAAUGCAGAAAUAUAACAAAUGCUGAAAGAACCGCACCCACUCCUUCAAAUCUGACCGCUCCUACAAAACUGCCAGAACUACCUCCAACACUCGUGGAAUGGGCAUACGCGGACCUAACAAAAUUGAGAAUAAACUACCUGCGGAGACAACACGCCCACAUUAGAGCCUUCAUUCGUUCUACAAACCUACAAGAACCCUCAGGAGCUAAUUAACAAUGGUUGUGGCACCAAUGCCUUACAUUUUAAUAAAUUUUUAUCUCCUGUCUACCUUAUGACUCUGCUGCCCUAUUACUUCUCAUACCUGUCCUAACCCACUAACUUAGUUAACAUUGAUAGCGUGUUCACAAUGACAAUUUAUUUUAAACUAUUAACUUCUUAUUAUAUUUGUAUUAUGUUAGAACUUGGUUUAUAAUGAUAUAUAUCCUUCGGUAGA